GUAGAGAGGAGGGAGGGAAAGGAUGCCAGGUCCGCAGGGAGGCGAGUUUUCCUCCAUUUCUGCUCGGCUGCCCAGAGCCCGGAGCCCUGCCCGGAGCCUUCCGUCUGGGACCGUUUACUUCCGUCUCGGAGCGUUUACUUCCGUCUCGGAGCGUUUACUUCCGUCUCGGAGCGUUUACUUCCGUCUCGGGCCGUUUACUUCCGUCUGGGACUGUUUACUUCCGUCUCGGGCCGUUUACUUCCGUCUCGGGCCGUUUACUUCCGUCUCGGGCCGUUUACUUCCGUCUGGGACUGUUUACUUCUGUCUCGAACUGUUUACUUCCGUCUCGGACCGUUUACUUCCGUCUCGGGCCUAUUGUACAUGGCCUGAGAGAGAUCAGGUUCUGAGCUAAAUGAAGGUACAGUUUAUAAACACAGGAGUGUUCACGUACUCAGUGUUUAGGCAUGUUGGUGUUGGGAACAUCGUGUAUAUGGUCAACACACUAGUGCAGCUCCAAAACAACAUGUCCUCUUAAAACUACUUAGAACACAUUAUGUUUAACAUAUUGAAAUUCUAACAACAUAUAACAUACGUGUGUUAAAAAUACUUAUUUAGGACAAGUCAAGAACUGAAGGGUAAUGGCUUUUAAAAAUGGCAUAUGUAUAUACACAUUUUAAAUUCAUAUGUAGUUAAAAUGACUGCCUCGGCACUUCUAGUGUUAAAAUCCAUUAAAAUAACUGUAUGGGAGAGACUAGGGUUCCAUGUUUGACAGUGAAGGAUUGGUCAGAGGUCAUUGUAUUGACAUAACAAUGGACCGUCAUACUGACACUAGAGGGUCUAGAAUGGGGUUGUAGAUGGGAUGGGUCACUUAGGUCAUGAUGAUGCGUACUAGGCUGCAUCCCAAACCCUAUUUACUAUCUAGUGCACUACUUUUGCUCACCAUAGAGCUCUGGUCAAAAGUAAUGCAGUUUGUAGGGAAAGUUGCAGUUAUGUAAGUCUUUAAUAGACUGGCCAUUGAACUUAGGUUAUGUAUGGUGUGCCAUGACCAUGGUUAUGUGUGCCAGGAUCAUAGGCUUCUAUAUCUGAUGUGGGUUACUCUGUGUGUACUGUCUGUGAACUCGUGACUUUCCUGUGUGGCCUCUAGCGAUCCGCCAGGGGGAAGAUGGUGCUAAGCAGCUGGAGAAGACUGUGCUGAAGCUACGUCAGGACCAGAAAGAGUCUAUGCUGCGCUACUGUGCUGUGUGGAACACCAAUGCACGGAGCUGUCUGGACGCCCAGGCUGUGAUCCAGGUGAUGCUCACACACCUUUCCCCUGAAGAGCUGCUCCAGUACCAAGGAGCACGCGCACACCUGGAGGGACUCAUACCUUACACUGAGAGGCACAUGCAAAGGAUCGGCCGUCUGCUGCAGGCCUCCAUGUUCCUGGACUACAUGUGGCAGAAGAUGAGAGUGACAGGAGCUCCAGCCAGUAUGGACUCGCAGGAUGAGGAGAUGGACACCGCCUCUCUUCAGGUGCCACACCCUCUGUUCAUGAUUGACAAGCGACGAGGUGAGGGUGGAGAUGGGACUAAGGAACAGGGGGAUGGAGAGGAGAGAUGGAAUGAGGGAGAGGCAGAGGAGGAUGAUGGUCUCGAGGAAGAUACCAACUGCCCGGCCAACAUGGAGGAGGAGGAUGAUGAUGAUGAUGAAGUCAGUAUCACCAGGAAAGCCUCAGUCAGGAGACAAAGGGAAGAAAAUGGACAGAACGGAAAAGAAAAUGGCAACCAUCACUCUGGCAGUGAGGAGAGUUCAAGAGAGGAGGACCGGGGAGACCAAACAGAGGCUAAGAUCCUCCUGUCUGCAGCGUCCCUUCCACCCCUCCAGGCAAUCAUCAGCUGAUGGCAGACUGUCUGACAUCAAGCCCACUAAGGAUGCCUGAGUGUGAACCCGCGGGAGUCUCCUUCAGCAUGGACCACUGCCUGGAGCAACAGUGUGGCUUUAUAGACACUGACAGAGAAGCAGGUCCUGAACGACCUUUUAUAAUAAACUGGUUUUGAGGUCGAUAGGCCUGGCUGGCAGCCAUUUUGGAAAACCGUGUCAUUUUUCAUAAAUAGUGCCACAAGUUUUUCCUGACCAUGUUAGCUCAUCGGGAAAAACUCUGGGUGCUAUUGGAAGCCUACUAAUGGUACCUAGUGGAAGCCUGCUACUAGAGGUCAGGAAUUGUCGAGGCUCUACCCGUAACUUCUUCCCCAUUCUUCUCAACAGAAAAGUGCUUGUGAAUUUUUAUAUUUGUAUGUUGUUGUGCAGUCCUGCUCUUCCACAUAAACAACACAUUUUGUUUGUCAUGAUUACAAAUGCAUCUGGAAUAAAAUGUAUGCCUUGUA